UUAUGCUGCGGGGCCAACGAAAGCAGUUCGCAGCUCUGCUGGGGUUUUUUGUAGUCUUGGGGUUUCUGCUCAACGCCCUCGAGAGGGCACGAACAAUGACGGUCAGGAAUCAAGUGACGAAGAAAAAGGACGCUGUAGAGAAAUUCAUUGUUGAUGCGAGCGGCUGUCAAAUCUUGGACCUGAAAGCGUUUUCGGCCAGCGCAAGGGAGUACGUCAAACAACCCGAACCUUUAGUUUGCUCCAAAAAGCGAGGUAAUUAUCGUGUUUCGAGAGCACUGGACGAGGAUUACGUUGAGAAGAGUUCUGUGCCCUCAAAACCUCCCAAAGGUCUAGAAUGCUGCUACAGGCACAUUAUCAGAAGGUCCAAGGACGACGGCAAUAUAAAAUUCAGCGAAGAUUGCCGACCGAUGGACGAGCUUUUGAUGCCGGAGAGCGCGAUGGAGAUCAGGGGCGACGACGUGCCUGAGUUUGUUCGGAUUUCAUGCAAAAAACCAGGCAAGGAUGAAGAAUGGGUCAACGACGAGUACGUUGACUACAGGUUUUUUGUACCAGUGAAGAGCGAGGUGGAGGACAGGUGCAAUGGAAUGCCGAAAAGACCAAAUGAAGUAAGUGUGCUCAUUUUGGGAAUCGACUCCGUCUCCAGGCUGAAUGCUGAGCGCCUGUGGCCUAAAACAAUUCGAAUUCUCAAUGAAAUGUCUGCCGUGACUCUUUUGGGCUACAACAAAGUUGCCGACAACACAUUCCCUAACUUGGUCCCAGUGUUGAUCGGACAGUCCGUGGAAGAGUUAAACGAAGUUUGCGGCUGGCCCGAAGCUUCAAAAGCGUACAUGGAAAAGUUUGACGAGUGUCCCUUUUUAUGGCGCACAUUCUCUGAAAUGGGUUUCCGAACAAUGCUGGCGGAGGAAUGCACGCAUCUCACAACUUUUAACUUUCAGAAAGGAGGUUUUGCUGAGCCACCAACCGAUUACUACCCCCGACCCCUAUUCAUUGCCGCCGAGGAGGAAGUCGGACACACGCAUGCAGACAACUGCGUACUUUGUCAAGGGCCUCGGUCGCAGAUGUCGGUGCUCUUCAACUACGCACAGAAAUUCGCCAGCCGCUUUGCCCUGCAAAGGUACUUUGCUUUCGUGUGGGCAACCAGUUUGACCCACGACGGCCUCAACAUGGCAGCACUGGCGGAUGAGCCCGUGUCAACCACCAUCGAAAACCUCAGGGCCCGCGGCGACCUGAAGAGGACGGUGCUAGUGGUGCUCAGUGACCACGGCGUCAGGACUGGAGACUUUCGUCUUCAUCCACAAGGACGUCUAGAAGAGCGCCUCCCGUUUUUGUCAUUCAUUUUUCCGCCCUGGUUUGAAUCUCAAUUUCCGGAGGCGAUUGCCAAUUUCAAGCAGAACGCUCACGCCCGUUUGACUACCCCUUAUGAUCUGCACUUCACCCUGAAAGACCUCAUUGAUCCUGCCAACACCCUCAAUAGAAAUGAACUUGCUACUCGCCAAAGAGAAUUGGACCAAGAGAAUAUUUUGCCUAGAGGAAUGAGCAUGUUUCUUAGAAUUCCUGAGUGGAGGAAUUGCUCAGCGGCGCACAUUCCGCGCCACUGGUGCGCCUGUCUCACCUAUCAACCCCUGUCGCUAGAUGACCCUGACCUGCAAACCGCAGCACUUGCCCUUGUGGAGCACAUCAACGAGAAGUUCUUAAAUCCACACCCUCAGUGCCGGCAACUAACCUUGUUGCGGGUUGUGGAGGCCCGAGUCGGACUUGCGCCGGAAAAUGGGCCGAAAGAAGAGACUUCAGGACUGCGAGAUUACGCCAUGACGGUGGAGACGAGUCCUGGUGGAGCCUUGCUGGAAGGGGCUGUGAGGGCUUAUCGUCACCGCGGUCGCAACAAUGUGCUUAAAUAUGAGGUAGCCGACACCGUCAGCAGGGUUAACAGAUACGGUUCGCAAUCAAGGUGUGUCGACGAUUGGGUAGCUAAACUUUACUGCUACUGUGACUGAUGUGGCGGAUAAAAAGUGAUAACAGAAAAUAUUCCAAUGCAGCCAAUGCUCUUUUACAAUAAAAGGAAAUUUAGUUAUUUUA